AGCGCCUCUGCUAUACCUCCCUCCCUGCACUGCCCGCCAACACACGCACGCUGGACAACGAAAAAUGGACCCAGGCCUGGAUUUGACCAGCUUUUAAGCGCUUAUCACGGGCGCGGGACGCUGCACACACGCUUUGACGUGAGAGUGAAGAGCCUUAAGACCGGUAUGACUUCCCAACCACUAAAACACCACACGCCUGCGAAUCAGUCCAGGCCGUCGUGCGAGGCCCAGCAUGGCGACUUGUACAGGGCCAGGCACUCCAGACUACUAAAGCGCCAGAGGUCGCCCACCCCAAUGUGCGAGAGGCGGAAAAAGAGUCGCCAGGACAGUGCCGCAGGCCCAGCGCCGUCUUGUCUUCUCUUGGUUGCUCUGCGCGAGUACGGUCUCCUGGAGAACAUCGUAUCGUGUCUCUGCCCAGGCGAUCUGCUGGCGCUACUGCUGUGCUCAAAGUCCAUACACGAGGCCUUGGUCCCGCAGGCUGGCAGCCUGCAAAACUUGCUUGGAAAACUAAGGUGCUCAGGAAAGGGCGUUCAAAUCCGCAAGCAGCGGCACGUCAAGUCAACCUUCUUCUACGCAUACGAGUGCAGUGAAUACGUCGAAUGCGGCGCAACAGAUGGCUGCGCCAAGUCGCGUCCGUGCGCAAACUGCAAAGUUACGACGUGCGACGAGUGCCGCAUCCACUGUGUCUACCAGAGCAUCUUCGAGAAGCCAUGCGACGAUGACGAGUUACCAAACUACAGCGGCUUCGUCCUUCUUUCGCCGUCCGAAAUCCCCAUAUUAAGCCCACACCACCUAGCAGACAACGCUGCUACCCCGCGAUGGAAGGCUCCGUCGCCAGGUAGAUCCUUGCCAUACCACGAUCAGGGUUUCAUUGAUGUCCCCUUUGAUGAAGAAAACUUUGGCCCGCCAGAGUGCGUUGAAGAGUUCUUGGACUUGGAUCUUGGCAAGCAUACCUUUGCUGGGUCGGCAGUCUCCAAUGUAGCCCAUCCAUCACCCGUCCUUCGCGCAUUAUACGACACCACAGAACGAAGAAAGCGCCGUUUUUGCGACGCCCAUCUCCCAUCCGAUUUGCUGAAACACCAAGACGAUUUGUCGCCCCAUUGGUGUCGCUGUAGCCUUCGCAGUCGUUUUCUCGACCGAUGGCUCUGUUUACGAUGUUAUGAGAACGAAGAAACGACCAUUUCAAAAACAUAUCCAGACCACGUGGCGCACUGCCGUUGCGGGUCAACAAAGGGCCGGGCGAUAUGCCUAUGGUGCCGCGGCGAAAUUUUGCAGCCUCACGCCCAAGAGCCGCAGCCAGAGUCAGAAACCGGCCCGAAUCUUCAAGACCAUUCCUCGUGAGUCCGAUGGAUUCAUAUCUUAAUGGUAUUUUAAAUAGUGCAGCAAAAGUCUUUCACAGUUCGAGGGAGACGGUUGCAUUGCCUAAUUCGCCCUCUCGAAUUACUCGGAGCGCCUUUUUUUUUAAUGUAUCAAAUCUGUGUAAAAAUAACUCCCCUCCACUGUUUCCUGAUGCUUCUCUAUACCCCCUUGUAUAUUUAGUCGAGUAUCCAAGCCAAAAA